CAUUGGAGCUCCAGAAGUAAACGCGACGAUUGCCUCCCUGGCGGGCGGCGGCCGCGUGCGGCGCGUGCCAGCCACGGCGCGGCAGUGUGCCCGCUCCGCGCGCGUCGCCUGCCCGUGUCGUGCGAUCGUGUCGCGUCGUGUCGCGCCGUGUCGCGUAGCCUCGCCGACAUGUGCCCGCCGCACUCUGUGCCUCGCCUUAUAUCGUAUGGAGUGCUCACUUAAACUGAAUGAAAAUGAAUGGCGGAAGAUCAGACGCGUCAACUUCCACUGAUGAUGUAAAGAGUCGCCCGCUGUGCCUGUUCUACUUCACGCACCCGUUCGGCGUGCUGUCGCCCGAGCCGCCCACGCUGUGCGCCGCGCCGCCGCACGUGGCGCGCGCCUUCCUCAACAUGCAGCCCGUGGCGCCCGCCACGCUGUGGGGCCCGGCGCACCCCGCGCACCCCGCGCACCCCGCGCAGCCCUCCGAGGACGACUACAACACCGGCAGCUCCGCGUCGCGGCCCAGCUACGAGCUAGGCAACGCGACCGUGCACCGCACGCCGCUCAGCCUGGUCAGCGUGGCGCGCGCGCGCAACUGCACGCUCGACUUUGCUGACUCGCGCGACUCCAUUUCUUCGUCUCUGUUCUCCGGCGACGUGUGGUACAACUCCAGCUCCGGCCGCAGCAACGACUACCCGCGCCGGUUGAUCCCUUACAACAAGAUCCUGCCGCCCCUACAGCUGCCCAGCCCCAAAGACUCCUCCAAUCUGUCCAGUUCUGAUGACUUUUGGCCAAAAAAAUGUUUAAAUCCAGAGAAAUUCUCGUUGCCACCGAUCGAAAUGCCCUCAGUGAAAGUGAACGUACUACGAAAUAAAAAGUGCAGUGUGAUGUCAGAGGAGACGUCGAGCGUGGAGAGUGCAGUGGUGCGCAGGAGUCGGUCGCGGCGGCGUGUCGGCGUCAGCAAGGCGCGGGCGCGGCGCACCCGGCCCGCCGAGCUGCGGCGCCUGCUAGCCGCGCUCCUGCGCCGCGCGCUCGCGGGUAAGUACGAGUGCAGUCGCCCAGUGAGGGAGUGGCGCGCGACGGUUUGGUCCUCUAAAAUACAAAAAGAUGAAGAGCUGAGAUGAGCACGGCAUUAGUCAGAGUGUGACUACUAGCUCGAAAUAGAUCCCGUCUGCCGUCCGCUGAGUGCAAGUAGUGCAAGUGUAGUGGUGAAUGCUGCACAAUUAAAUGUGCAGACAUGACACACAGCAAAACAUUUAUGUAUUUUACAUGUUUAUGUAUUUUAUGUUGUAUUUUUUUCAAAAACGUUGCUCCUGCCUUUAAUUGUCUCUUGUAUCGUGAGUGAGUUUACAACCAACACAAUUUCACGUACACACAAACACAAGUUGCUCCGUACGGGAAUCGAACCCACAACACGUUGCAAGGCAAACAGUUGCCUAGCUGCAUCAACAACCGUGCAGUUUUGCACCAGUUCAACAGGUUCGAUACAAAUACUAUAUUAACUAACUUCUGC